GUUCAUAUUUGCUUGGCUGUUAAAGGCCAAUCACGUUGGGUGCGUUAUUUUAUCAAAGAAUUAAGUAAUUUCUACCUCCAAACUGGCGAUAAACAUUUUAGUGUCAUUAUUGCUGAUUUUGGCCGUGAUUCUAAUGAAAAUUUGGAUGUAUUAAAAGAAUUGAAAGCUAGCCCUUUACAAAAUUAUAAAGUCAUACCUAUGUAUAAAGAUUAUCAAAAUUUCUCUAAAACGAUCGGUAUGGAUACUGCUAUACGCAGUAUCGAUGAUCCCGAAAGUAUAGUAUUACAGUAUGAUUUACAUAUUAAUUUCCCUCAUGAUUUAUUAGAUAAUAUUCGCAAACGAUGUAUUCGAAAAAGAAGUGUUUAUAUGCCCAUUAUUGUUCGAUUAUAUUGUGGGCAUAAUUUAUCCAAUCCUAACGGAUUCUACGAAAGAGAUGGAUUCGGUAUUAUGGCCUAUUAUAAAGGUGAUUAUGAUGCUCUUGGUGGUAUGGAAGUUGAAAAAUUUAAAUUUAAAUGGGGUGGCGAAGAUUCUGAAAUGGCUGAUAGAAUACUAAAACAUCAAAUGGAAAUUGAGAGGCUUUGCCACCCUGGGAUGUUCCAUUUCUUUCAUCGUAAA